UCUGGAAUCUGGGUGAUCAAAGUCAAAUGCUCCAAGAUUCAUCUUAACUGCAAGAAUCUGAAAAGAUUCUAAGAAUUAGAAACAAGAUGAUCGCCGAAGAAGAUGGUUACGAAAAUGAAGAGGAGGCGGCUCCAAUGUUGCAGCUGUCUCCUUUUAGUCACACUGUUGAUUUAAUGUCCUUUUUUUAUAUCUCGAUAGAUGUCAUAGUCGAACGUGAACUCAUCCCUCAAGUUUCUGUUAUUGAUGAUCACAAGAACAUAAUAAGAACAGGAACAUUAUGGACUACGAUUGCUCACAUUAUAACUGCAGUGAUUGGAUCUGGUGUACUUUCUUUGGCGUGGAGCGUUUCACAGCUAGGUUGGAUUGGAGGGCCCGUUGCGUUGUUCUGCUUUGCUUUUGUAACCUAUGUGUCUUCGUCUCUUUUAUCAGAUUGCUACAGGUCACCUGAUCCAGUAACUGGAGCUAGAAACCGCUCUUAUACUGAUGCAGUUAGAGUUAUCCUAGGCGAAAAACAGGCAUUGUUAUGCGGUUUGCUUCAACUUUUGAACUUCUAUGGGACUGGUGUUGCUUAUGUGGUUACCACCGCAACUUGUAUGAGGGCAGUUCAAAAAUCAAAUUGUUACCAUAAAAAUGGGCAUGAGGCUUCUUGUGAGACUGAUGGGAACGUCUAUAUGUUUUUGUUUGGAGUUAUACAGAUUGUUAUGUCACAAAUACCCGAUUUUCAUAGCAUGAUGUGGGUAUCUGUUAUUGCUGCCAUCAUGUCAUUUUGUUACUCAUCGAUUGGCUUUGGACUUGGUGUAGCUCAAGUGAUCGAAAAUGGUAAGGUCGAUGGAAGCAUCUAUGGAGUCUCGGCUGUUAGUGUACCAGUGAAACUAUGGUUAACUUUUCAAGCAAUCGGUGAUGUGGCAUUCGCCUAUCCAUAUUCAUUAGUUUUUCUUGAAAUACAGGAUACCCUGAAGUCACCACCAGAAAACAAGGUUAUGAAAAAGGCAUCAGUUAUUGCGAUUAUUGUGACAACCUUCUUCUACCUUGGAUGUGGAUGUUUUGGGUAUGCAGCUUUUGGUGACAAUACACCAGGAAAUCUUUUGACUGGAUUCGGGUUUUAUGAGCCUUACUGGCUCAUUGACUUUGCUAACGUGUGCAUCAUUCUACAUCUAGUCGGAGGAUACCAACUAUACAGCCAGCCGGUGUAUGCAUAUGCAGAGAGAUGGUUAGAAGAGACAUUCCCAGAAAAUGUAUAUCUUAAGAAAUUCUACUGUCUAAAGCUCCCAUUCUUGCCGGAUUUUGAGUUGAAUCUAUUCAGAUUGUGUUUUAGAACAGCAUACGUCGUGUCGACAACUGGAAUCGGGAUGGUGUUCCCAUAUUUCAAUGAAAUACUGGGUCUGUUAGGGGCUUUGAAUCUAUGGCCAUUAGCAAUAUACUUCCCGGUGGAAAUGUACAUACUGCAAACAAAGGUGAAAACUUGGAGCAGAAAGUGGGUGGCUCUACAAACAUUCAGCAGUAUCUUAAUGGUGAUAUCAGCAAUGGCUUUGAUGGGGUCGGUUGCUGGACUCAUAGAUGCGAAGUUUAGCUAAUGAACCACCAUCGCAAACAAUCACAUAUUUAUUGUCUUGAGGAUUUUAUAAGAUUAAAUAUGCAAAAUUGAAAAUUUAG